AUGGAAGGUGGAAGAGUGUCACUGUUCAACUGUGUUCCUGGCCUUGAUUUUACUGUUACUGCUACAAAUCAAGCAUCAGCAGCUAUUGACUUGGUUUGCCAACAAGAAGGAAGGUUCAAACUUGUGAUGGCUAAGGCUAACAUGCCUGGCAUGAACAGCAUUUCUUUCCUCAAUACACUACUUCUGAAGCAUAUCACUGUCAUCUUUAUAUCCUCUGGACAAGAUGAUGGCGGAGCCAAGGCGGCUUUUGAUAAAGGAUCAUGUUAUCUCCUACAGGAACCAAUCCAAUCUGUGGAUCUCAUAUCUCUGUGGCAACAAGUUUAUAACUCAAAUAAUAGGAACUCAGCACAAGAGAAUCACGCUGCAAAAUCCAAACAAAAGGUGCUUGAAUCAAGUGAAAAUCAAGACAAAACACGCCAUGAUGUUAGAGUCAAGAAGAAAGGGAAGAGAGGAUUUAACUCAAACCAGGUGAAAUUAGACAACAAUAAUCAUGCUGCAGAGAAGGAGGGAGAGGAAACAAGCGAACAUAAUAACAAUCGAUUCCCCUGGAAAAAGCCACGUAUUUCUUGGACUUCGGAUCUGCAUCAUAAAUUUGUACAGGCCAUAAGUGUUCUGGGAGAGAACAAUAUUCGUCCAAAAUUGAUACAAGAGAUUAUGAAUGUUCCCUACCUGACAUGUCGCCACAUUGCUAGCCAUCUACAGAAAUUCAAAUCUCAAGGAAGACAUCUUCAGGAUAAGUGCAACAUUGAUUUACUUCCAGGGUGUAAAUCAUCAAACUUCAGAGAGGGAAGCGAGUCAUCCUCAUCAAAAGAGAGCCAGAGUUACCCAUGUAACCCCACAUUAGCUGCUCCGCAAAAUGAGAACCAGAGUGAAAACGCAGGCUGUGCAAACUUUUCAUGUCAAUAUCAACCAGAAUUGGUCAAUUACGGAAACCAAGAUCUAGAAGCUGUAGUGAGAGGAGCUGUACCAGAUACUUUAAUGGAGAAAAACCAGUAUGAUGACUUUGGAAAUGGAUUCACUGAAGAUGAUAGUGCCCAAAACUUUGAGACACAAACGAAUCCUAUCUUUGGAGACAGUUCUAGUUCACAGAAGUCUGAUGGCAGCAAACCAUGCUGCGCCGAGCCAUCUGCUGUAUUGGGAGAACUUGAGCCAUGUGCUUCAAUGAAUCAAAGCCAAACCCUUACGGAAGAUAAAAAUAUAUUCAGAAUUCUUGGUGGAGACAGUGAAGGAUAUGACUGUUUUAGAAGGGAUCCAGAUCAUAUUAGCCAAAACUCUGACAUACUUAGUAGUUAUAUCCAUGGACACGGAAACUCAGAUAGCUGCAAUCCUUGCUUUGCGAGUCUUUUGAAGGCUAAUCCGUCUGCAAAGUCUGGAAAUUACAACCCUAGUUGUGUUAGACCUUUGAAGUCCAAGACUGAAGCUUUGAACAAUCAAAAUCAAGCUUCAACAGAAUAUAAUAAUAUCUCUGGAAAGAGCUCUAGUUCUCCGCAGUCUGAUUAUUACGAUACUGAAAAUGUACGAUCAUUGAAAGCCAAACCAUGUUCUGUAGUGGGAGGAACUAUUUCAAAUGCUUUGAUGGAUCAUGACAAAACCCUGACUCAACAUAAUAAUAUCUUAAGAUUUCUUGGGGAUGAUUCUGAUGCAUAUGGCUGUUUUGGAAAUGCACCCAGUUCAGAUGAUACUGCAAUGCUGAAGUAUGCUGUGUUCAGAUGA